UACCCUCAAAAAUCCCCACCAUGAACUCUCUGCGUUUUCUCAUCGUCUUGGCUUUGCUUGCCGUGUCAUCUGUGCUUGCCGAGAAACCAGGUACCAGAGGCCUCCAAGGCGUUGGCAACUGCCCCGACACUGCUCCCGACUUUGGACAGAAAUGCCGAGCAGGGCUUCAGUGCAACUAUGGCUACCUUGACUUUCCCGUGAACUCGAAUGGAGUUUGCGCCGAGCCAUUCACUUGCAGCCCCACAGUGUUUUGCGAAUGCACUGCAGACAAGACGUAUAUUUGUGCCUACGCUUCCAUUGCGGCUUGUGAGAAUGAGUUGGAAGGAGCUUUUGCCUCCUGUGUGCCUUAAAAUUAAGUGCAGAUCCUUGUUGCGGAAUUCGGACAAGAGAAUGAUUGUGUUUCUAUCUGCCCCGGAAAACCCGUAAGUGUGAACAAUGAUUCAACGAGACGACUUGGCGCUACCCACCUGCAUGGCCACACCGCAUGCCACUUCCACUCUUUUGCGCUCGGCUACAUCUAUAGCUAUAAAUUUAUAAUAUCCCGUCAGUUGUCCUAAUG